CUUACACCGUGAAAAAGCGCUUCCACGUUAGAGCGUAGUGGCAUUGUGCAAGCCAACAACUAUUCCCCCCACAUGAGUCGUCGAAGUUUGAUAUCAUGGUAUAUGCGGCAUCAAUCAACCGCCAAACAGAAAUUACGGUACAUUUUAAUCUGUUCUUGUUAUUGAGAGUUGUUUGUAGUACAGCAUAAGACGUUUUGAUAUCUCAAGGUCAUCGGAGGUUAAAGCGGACCUGGCUUUUCUGUAAAUAUUUAUUAUCAAGGAUGAGUUAGUAUGAUUUUCUUUCCUUCCUACCUAAAAUAAAGCAACCUAAAUUACUGUAGUCGUUUUCCUCACGCUUUAUGUUCCAGACAUACAAAUCAUUUUGUUAUAUAUCUCUGAAACUUCAAUGAAACUCUAAUCCUGCUAAAGAUGAAUAUACUUUUUCUAACCGAAGGAUGACAGUGUUGUAAUGUUUAAAGCGAGUUUGCACGUAGGCCUCGGGUAAGGUUGAGAAGAUCUCAGAGAUAAGCAUCUCGACUUUCGUACAAAUAAAAUAACUUGAUGUUCAGACUUUAGGUGUAAUACACGUCUAUUAAGAGUGAAUGAUGUUCUUAAAUCAUUAUUUUCCGUCAUGGGUGUCUUCACAGCAUUGCCCACAUAAGUUGAGUUUAUCAAGAGGGCUAUACUGAGGUUAGAUGCAUGGUGCCUCCAAAUGCCCUAGUACGGCCGAAAUUGGAGAGUUAACUCUCCCUCUCGAGAUGCUCUCACAUAGCCACGCGUAUACAACCACUGCUAGGGAAGUCCUACUCACUGUCUUCUCGCACCACGAGUGUUGUUUGUGAAAUUGAAAGGAUGAAAAGCAAAUGUUCAACGCUUUAAACGGGUUGGUGGACACGGAGAGUCCACCUAAAGAAAUUGGGAAACCAUGUUUCUAAACCAAUGGUGCACAUAGCUUCCAGUAUCCCGAGAGAACAAAUGGUGUAUAAACCUAUUGUUGGUUACGGCUACCAUAGGACUGCAUCUCCUGACGUUGCUCCACUGUCUUGUGGAUCAGACCUUUAGGUAGAAGGCUCCGGAUGUGGCCCCCUAUGAAAAUCACCUGCUUCAGUCUAGGGACCCAGGCAGUAUCAUAGCACAUACAGAAAUCAAGUGGAUUGUGUGGCGCAUAUGUAUUUGGUGCCUCUGUACCAAUAUUUAUGUGUUCAAAUAAAUAAAGAAGAUGCAUGGUACUAGAUAAAGAUAAUAAAUUUUUUGAUAAAAUAGUGAAUUGUCAUCAUGUAUUACAUAUGAUCAACUAUCGCCUACCUCAAAGCGUGAUGCUUGCUGAAGUGGGAGUUUGUUGAAAGGAAGCUGAUAGCGGCAAAACCAGAAACUGAGAUUAGUCCAUGAAGUCAUAGAUAAUUGGGAUGUAUGUAUUUGUCGGUAUGUGCAGACUGUGUUUGUGGUCUUUGCGAUAACCACGAUCAAUAGUUAGAGAUUUUAAAUAACGUGUCUCUGGAGCGUUGAUAGUGAUCCUGAUGCAUUCACUCCUUAUAUUCCUCUCAAUCAAGGAUUUUAGUAACCCUUUCGGAUCUGUAUUUUCAAAUUAUAUUCACUUCUUUUGUCGUUUCCCUCUCGUCAUGGUAGUCGGGUAUGGCAACAUGGUAACACACACCUGGCCCAGGCUCUAUAUUGAUAUGUCUGUCUUACAGUUUACGAGUAUUACAGUAUUUUACGUGGUUACAAUCAUAUAUACGGUUCUCAAUAAACCAAAUUAUUAUUUUUUUUAAUAGUAUCCUUACUACUUGGGCUUAGCUCGUUAACUUGUUAUAAACGUUGAUACGUACUUUCAACUGAGCAAAAUGGCGACCUACUUGGAGUUAGACAAAUGCACUUUAUUGUGUUCCUGCAAACAAACAAAUCCAUUGUGUACACUGUAUUUUUGCCGUCAUUGUUUAUGUCUUCGAUGCCCUAACUGUGUUUCACAUGAGGUGGAUUCUUAUUAUUGUCCUAAUUGUCUUGAAAAUAUGGCAAGCGCUGAGGCCAAAAUGCGUAAACAUCGUUGUGGUAAUUGUUUCGAUUGUCCAAGUUGUGGUCACACACUGUCUACACGAGCAACUGCUGUUGUACAUGCAAAGCCCGAUGAACCAGGUCGAACAACAGCACAGAAAGCAUAUUUUCUAGCAUGUGGGUUUUGCCGAUGGAUUACACGAGAUAGUGGUAUACCAGAUCAACAACAAGCUGCUGGAGGUUGGCAAGAGAAAAUAAGUCCACAUUUUAAAAGGGUUUGUUCUAAAUUAUAUCUUGUAUUGCUUUUACAUGUGUGUUAUUUCGGAAUAAUUUUUGACUGUUGCAUUGAAUUUAGCAUAAUGGAGCCAAUAGCGUGUAAUCAUGACUUUAGAGACUAUCAUAUAAAGGAUCAUUAUUUAUGUUUUUAUUGUUUAGUUAGAAUAUGUUUGGACUGUUCUGUUUUUAGAUUCUCCUACUACUAAGCCUUCAUUUGGUUUAUAUAUCGUUGCCAUAUGUCUCAUUAUCCCAUACUUGCCGUUAAUUAACUACUCUAUUACUCUGGUCUUGUAUCACUUACCGCUGGACUAGGUACACUUUAUGAUUUUUUAACUGUGUUGCUAUGUGGUAAGAUAGUUCAAGCAUAUUAUUACAUGAGUUUUGAGCCACAAUUAAGUUAAGUACAAAGGGGAACUGAUCUAUUUUCUAUAUUUGUCUUCUAUUUAGCCAAUAGGUUAAAAGAAGCUCGAGGAAUAAAUAAAUUACAGACACCUAAUGAAUAGGAUGAGCAAUUAACACAUACGAUCAUGUAAAAACAGUCAGGGUUAAUAAGUGAAUAAUUGACAAGAUCAAAAUGUUGCUUGAGAAGAAUGAACGAAUCGGUCUAUCCAGAAGUUAGAAUAGCUUAUGCGGGCCUGGCAUACUACCGGUCACUACAAUAGUAUAAAAGAUUAGACACAGAAUAAGAUUUGAGGGGAAAAAAUAAACUUACGAAUAAAAAGCAUACUAUUGAUUUGAAACUCAAGAUCUAAGGAAAGACAAAUAGCGAAUGGAUCUGCACUACUUUGACUGAUUCUGAGCCAUUUCACCCAACAUCACUGAUUGUGGUUAUCAGGCGGACUCUAACCAAAUAUUUUACACCUACCAACUGGAUGCAUAACAAUAGACAAUGAUGUCAUGAGCUGAUAACAUAAACGAAUUGUUCACCGCUAUACUUUUUUAGCUUCUACCUCAACCACCAUUGGAUAUGAAUGUUUAGCAUGUGUAACACAUCCUCUGACCAUAUCAUUCAAUGAGAAUUCAUAAUCUAUUCAACAUAUCUACUGUCCUCCCCCAGUAGCCGAUAGUCUAAUAAUUUGUGUAUAGUUCACGAGAC